AUGCCUCUCCAAUGCUCGAUCUGCCUCUUUGCGUUCAGAGAGCCUGUGUCUCUUCCAUGCGGCCACAUCUACUGCAAAAUCUGCCUUACGGAUCAUGUUAAUGUGCCUACGAAUAAAGGGAUGACCUCGACGUGCCCAGAGUGUCGCAAGCCCUUCCAUCUCACUGUUCCGGAUGUAACAUACCUGCCCGAGAAAUACCGCCCGUUCAUCGCACAUGCCAUUCGCCGCGUCUACAUCGACACCGCGCCGACAGAAGCCGAAGCCGACGUUGCAUUGCUCACUGAAAAAGUCGCCGAGCUCUCAAGGCAGGUAGUCAAGCUCCAAGGCAAGCUCACGCGCCAGGCGAAGAUCGAGGCAAUGCUCGAUGAGUGCGAGUGUCUGAGAAUCAAAUAUAUGUAUGGGGAAAUUGACCGUCUGUAA